UUUAAAGAUAAUUUUAAUAUUAUUAAAUUAAAAUUUAAUAAUAAUAAUAAUAAUUAUUAUUAUUAUAAUUAUAAUAAUUCUGUUUGUCUCCCUCCAUUUGUCUCUCUCUCUCUCUUGCUUUUUUGUAAACCCUUAUCAACAUCCAAUUUCUUGUACAUCGGAGCGCGUCCAUUGGGAAACCUCUAUUAGCAGUUAUCUGUCUUUUGAUGGACUAUUGCCUAUCCUCUACCCUAACAAAUCUAUCUCCCCAUUUUUUACCGUCGACGGUAAAAUUCGGUUAUUUGCGCUUAGUUUACCCUCCCUCUUUUAUCCACAAGUUCGCCGAUCGGAGCCUAACUUGUACGAGUACUUUCCUUCGACGGGAAGUACGAUCGCCCCUGGUCUUUGUUGCCAGAGCAGGCUUUAGCCACUGCGAGCCCAGCAGCAGUAGCUUGAACACGCCUCUUGAGCCGUGCUCGGCCGCUGGGAAGUUUUUGUCCAGUGUGUUUCAGAAUCAGAGACAGUUGUUUCAUGUUGCGGUCGCUGAUGAGUUGAAGCUUUUGGCUGAAGAUAGAGAUGGUGCUGUUUCUCGCAUGUUUCUUAGCUCUGGCUCCGAUGAAGCCUUCCUUCAUAGGAGAAUUGCACAACUGAAAGAACACGAGUGCCAAAUUGCUGUUGAAGAUGUCAUAUACAUGUUAAUAUUUUUCAAAUUCUCUGAGAUCAGAGUCCCUUUGGUUCCAAAACUCUCUAGGUGCAUUUAUAAUGGCAGACUAGAGAUAUGGCCUCCAAAGGACUGGGAACUAGAAUCUAUUCAUGGCUUUGAGGUUUUAGAGAUGAUAAGGGAACAUGUCUGCACAGUAAUUGGCUUGAGGGCAAAUUCUAGUGUCACAGACAGUUGGGCAACAACUGAGAUCCAACUACUCCAGCUUGGUCGAGUGUAUGCAGCCUCAAUCUUAUAUGGUUACUUCUUGAAGUCUGCAUCCUUGAGGCAUUAUCUGGAACGUUGUCUAGCUGUGCCCCAUCAUGAUCCUUAUCUUAGUUGUAGGACCAUGUUUCAGUUUCCAGACUCAUUACCUUAUGAUCAUUUAAGCAACAUGCAAUCUGUUUUAUCAUGCCAAGAGUCAAGUGAGCAGGACUGGAAGCGUGAAAAAUUGAAGUGCUAUGUGUUGGGUUUUGAUGCUGAGACAUUGCAGAGAUGUGCAAAACUGAAAUCUAAAGAGGCUGUGAAUUUGAUUGAGAAGCAUAGCUUUGCACUUUUUGGGGAUGACAAGAAUGGUUUGCUAGAGAAUGAUGAGGUUAUUUUGACAUCUUUUUCAAGCUUAAGGAGAUUAGUUUUGGAGGCAGUUGCUUUUGGUUCUUUCCUCUGGGACACAGAAGAGUAUGUCAACUCUUUAUUCAAGCUAAAUGAGAAUUAUUAGGAGAGAGAGAGAGAGAAGUUAUCAAGUAAAGAAAGGAUUGGCAAUCGAGUUUCACUCUCUGUACAUUUGAGUUUGAUUUCUCCUUUUAUUUCUGAGAACUCAACAGUUUGUUGUAUAGUGUACAUUUGUGCCGUAAAUAACGUACAGUCUACAAACUGUUCUGCAUAUUUCUGUUUCUACCAUGGAGAUGGAGUUUUGAUGUUAGUUUCAGGUGGUGAAUUAUUGAAUCAAAGACCAUGAUUUGUAAUCUGUAAAUUACAAAAUUGAUGUUUUGUUUUGGCA